CUCCCUGUGCACGCGGUGCGCGCUCCCGGGCAGUGCUCUCAGUGUUCGCUGAGUGAGCGGACGGACGGUCCGGGCGGUGGGGGGAUAUGGCGGCGGCUCGGGUGGAAUACAUCGCUCCCUGGUGGGUUUAUUGGCUGCACGAACUGCCCCACCUGGACCUCACCUUCCAACCCCGGGGCAACGACUUCCAACCCCGGGACCCGGGCUACCAGCAGACAUUGCUGUUCUGGGCGUUGGCAUUUGCUCUUUGUGCCGCCAUCAACCUCCUCUUCCUGACAGUCUGUCUGGUCUGUUUCUGCUGCUGCAAGAAAGACGAACAGACUGAGACCAAGAAUAUCAGCUCCUGCUGCAUUACGUGGACGGCCGCCAUCUCUGGCCUGCUCUGCUGUGCUGCGGUGGGAAUUGGCUUCUAUGGCAACAGUGAGACAAACGAUGGAGUGUAUCAACUGACCUACUCCCUGGACAACGCUAACCAUACGCUUGCCGGAAUCGAUUCUCUGGUUUCGGGCACCAGCUUUAAGAUGAAGGAAGGUUUGGACGAGCACUUGUUGCGCCUAAGUGAGAUCUUUGCGGUGAAAGGCGAUUAUGUGCAGAGUUUGCGAAUAAUGCAAAGAAUGGCUGGGAAUAUCAUUCAGCAGCUCUCCAGCUUGCCCAACUGGCAGGGAACCAGCAUUAACCUCUCUCAGAUUGCCCGGGAGGCCAGCGUCAUCGAAUAUUACAGGUGGCUGUCUUAUCUGUUUCUUUUUAUCUUUGAUCUGGUUAUCUGUCUUGUUACCUGUUUGGGACUGGCCAAGCGAUCCAAGUAUCUCCUCAUCACUAUGCUGUGCUUUGGUCUCAUGACUGUAACGAUGAGCUGGGCAUCUCUGGCACUCGAUGCUGCUUCCUCAGUGGGAACCGGUGAUUUCUGUGCAGCUCCCGACAAGUUUAUAAUGAACAUGACGCAGGAUCGAGUCACCGCAGAAGUCGUUCAUUACUAUCUCUACUGCAGCCAGACUCUGAGGAACCCAUUCCAACAGGCUCUCACAAGUUUCCAAAGAUCACUUUCUACAAUGCAAAUUCAGAUUCAAGGUUUACUCCAAUUUGCGGUACCCAUAUUUCCCACCGCACAGAAAGAUCUCCUGGGAAUACAACUUCUUCUAAACACAUCGGAGUCCAACCUACACCAAAUCACUGCGUUGCUGGACUGCCGAGGACUUCAUAAGGACUACCUGGAGGCCCUGAUAGGUGUCUGCUAUGAUGGCGUGGAAGGACUCCUUUACCUGGCACUGUUCUCUCUCAUGGCAGCGUUGGCGUUUACCGCCAUGGUGUGUGCGGUGCCCCGAGCGUGGAAGCUACUGGCAGCCAGGGAUCGAGAAUAUAACGACAUUGAUGAAGAAGACCCUUUCAAUCCACAAGCUCAACGCAUUGCAGUGCACAACCCCAACCGUGCUCAACUCAGGAGCUUCUGCAGCUACAGCAGUAGCCUGGGCAGCCAAGCCAGUCUUCAUCCGCCCACCCAGGCCGUCUCAAACGCACCCGUCGCGGAAUACAUGAAUCAGGCGGCUCUGUUUGGGGGUAACCCUCGAUAUGAAAAUGUUCCUCUGAUUGGCAGAGGUUCCCCUCCACCAACGUACUCGCCAAGUAUGAGAGCCACAUAUCUCUCGGUGACCGAAGAGCCAUCAAGUAUUUAUGGGAACGAGUUUCCAGCCUAAUCCUGGCACCCCCCUGUUAUCCACAGGCCGGACAGGUCGUGUCCCGCAACCAUAACUGCUGUAGUGAACCUAUCAGCAGGAGACGUAACGGAUGAUUCAUGGGGCGAGCCAUGACAAGUGUCUACGUCAAAAAAACAA